UUGAUACCAGUACUGCAUCUCUGCGCCACGGCAGCUUCCACCUCCCUGAAGCGGCUCGAUCCGCGGGACGCCGCAGCGCUUUUCGAGACUCACGGGGCGGAGGAAAUCCGCGGGCUAGAGCGCCAGGUUCGGGCCGAGAUCGAGCACAAGAAGGAGGAGCUGCGGCAGAUGGUGGGCGAACGGUACCGCGACCUGAUCGAGGCGGCCGACACCAUCGGCCAGAUGCGCCGCUGCGCCGAGGGGCUGGUGGACGCGGUGAAGGCCACCGACCAGUACUGCGCCCGCCUCCGCCAGGCCGGCUCGGCCGCGCCCCGGCCCCCGCGGGUCCCGCAGCAAUAGAUCCUGGAGAAGUUAUAAAGCAUGGCUGCCAGGAUCAAGCUGCUAGAAAUUCCUGAGAAGAUCUGGCGCUCCAUGGAAGCCUCUCAGUAUCUCCAUGCCACACAGCUCUACCUGCUCUGCUGCCACCUUCACAGCCUGCUCAAGCUGGAUUCUUCCAGUCCUAGCAGUUCAAUCCUCUCCCAAUUUCCUAUACUCCACCAGGUGGCAGCAGCCAGCCGGUCAAUCAUUCUGCACUAAAGCAAGAUUCUGCACAAAUGCCCAGCUGUGUCUGACCAAGCUGUGGGAGAGGCCCUCUGCUCCAUAAUGCUUUCAAAGGAGAGUUCUCUUACAGACUUCCCGAUGGCCAGAAAAGCAACGAUUCAGACAUUUCUCAACAAUCCCAACCAUGGUUCUGGUAUCAAGGCCGAGUUUUGCUCAUUAGUGGAAUUGCUGGCCACCACUCUGAACCAAGCACACGCCCUUUUCUACACUCUACCAGAAGGGCUGCUGCCAGAUCCAUCUCUGCUACGCGGCCUGCUCCUCUCUACUCUGGAGACUGUCACAGGCCAACAUCCUACUGCCUCAUGGGAAAUGAUAUUGUUCAGGUGUAAUGAAGAUACUAAGAAUGAGAUAACCAACUUGCUCCUGUAUGUGAGGAGCAUGAAAGGGCUCGCAGGGAUCCAGGAUGCCAUUGAGUCUGCCAGUCACAGCUGGGAGGUGGUGUGUCAGAGGCUCCUGGAGAAGCCACUCCUGUUCUGGGAGGACAUGAUGCGGCAGCUGUUCCUGGACCGCUUACAGACUCUGACAAAGGAAGGCUUUGAAUCCAUCUCCCGUAGCUCCAAAGAGCUCCUGGUCUCAGCUCUGCAGGAACUUGAAAGCACCACUGGCAAUUCCACAGCCAAUAAGCACAUCCACUUCGAGCAGAACAUGUCUCUGUUCCUCUGGUCUGAGAGCCCCACUGAUCUGCCUUCUGAUGCUGCCUGGGUCAGCGUGGCAAAUCGACCCCGUUUAGCCAGUAGUGGCCUCUCCAUGAGAGCCCAGGCUAUUAGUCCUUGUGUACAGAACUUCUGUACUGCCUUGGAUUCCAAACUGAAGGUUAAACUGGAAGACCUCCUGGCCUACCUUCCUUCUGAUGAUGCUCCCCUGCCCCAGCAGCAGGUCAGGAACUCUGCCUUUGACCGAUAUGCAGAUGCGGGGACUGUGCAGGACAUGCUGCGGACUCACUCCAUGGCGUGCAUCAAGUAUAUCACAGACUGCAUCCAGGCAGAGCUGCAGAGCAUCGAGGGAGCUGUGCAAGGCCAGGAGAAUGUGCUCCGCAGCACGAAGCUGCACACAGUCCUUUUCAUGGCCAGGCUCUGCCAGUCCCUGGGAGAACUGUGCCCCCAUCUGAAACAGUGCAUUGUGGGAAGAUCUAAGAGCACUGAGAAACCAGUAACGGAGGUGAAGGCUCUGAAAAAGCAGGGAAAGGGGAAAGCUCAGGAGGUUAAAUAAUUAGUUCUCCAGCAGGGUGAUGGGCUACCAGUCUGGAGCUUGGCACUUUUGAAAGUGACUGACAGGAACUUCUUAGGAUCUCAAAUUUGCCUCACUUUUAUCUUACACUAGGCUUGCCACCAUCAUGAAGCUCCUUCAGUAGCAAGGGAGUGACAUCUUAUUUCAUAGUUAACAGCACCCUACCUCUCUGCAGGAUGGCUCCAGUGUAAAACCUUUUCUACUUAUUUUUAUCCUAGAUUUUAUAGACAGAAAACCUGCAUCUUUUCCUUUCAACAGAUGGAGAUGAAAGGUCUUCUUACAAGGUAUGGUGGCACUUGCCUAUAAUCUCAGCAGUCUGAGAGGCUGAGGCUCUGUUGCUAAUGAGAACCAUUUACCCUGAAGUGCAGACAGCACCAUUACAGUCCCAGCUGCCUGGUGGACCUCAGAGUACGGAAGGGAGGACUCCACAGGGGCUGUGUAUCUGGAAGGUGCUGGAGUGGAGAGAUCAAGGUCCUGCCAUGCACGCCUCCUAAGGAUAAAUGGGCCCACCUUUGCUACACAUCAUUUAAUGGGUGUAAAUUGGCAACGUGAAAUUCCUUUGUUCUUUUAGCCAUCCUGGUACGUACAGUCCUUCCUGUUUAGCUUAUGCCAGGAAAUAAAUCGGAUUGGAGGCCACGCCCUGCCGAAGGUGACACUGCAGGAGAUGCUGAAAAGCUGCAUGGUUCAAGUAGUCACUGCCUAUGAGACACUUGCAGCAGAAAAGCAGGUGAAG